AGGUCAACUGUGAUGUUCUAUCUUUAUGUUGGGAGCCAUUCCUUCAGUGGUUGCUGUGGAGCUGCACCAAGUUCAUGAUGCAAGGCACAAUCUUUUAACCUUUAUCCAAUGUCGUAGAUUUCAAAUAAAUAAUCCACAAGAGGCAUAUGCUGUAUAUGUCAUCAUGAGUGCCCAUAGCCACUCUGAGGGAGACCAUCAGGAGGAUGACCUGAAAGCUUCCAUGGGGGAAAGGACAAACAAGCCAGACAACAUGGCGUCUCCCGAGCCACCUGUAUCAGGAGAGCAACAGCCACGGCUGUGCCCAUGUGCUGAUGUGUCCAAUGAUGAGAUGUGCACUGAUGCUACUGCGCUGAGUCCAAGUGCUCUGUCUUUGGGCCCCUCUGCAUGUCUUCUGGAACAACAACAGGAUGAGGUGGACAGGGAAACACAAGCCCAACAGUUCCUAUCUCCUGAUGACAAGAAACAGGGAACUGACCAGAGGAAGCAUCCACAAACAUGCAAAGAAUCUGUUUCUACACCUGAACCUUUCCCUCACAGCCAGAGAACCCAAGCUGAGGACAUGUGGAAGAAGGAUAACCUCCACCAGAGCUCUGAUCCGCCUCUGCUCACAUUCACUCCUGAGGUGGAGAUGGAGGCCUGCUACCCAAGGACUCAAUCACCUCAUGGUGAUCAGGCUGUUGAGAUAACUCCAUGCGCUAACUCUUUGCAUGGUGCUUCUUCAAAGGAAACCCAUAAUACUACCAUGGUAGAGAAUGGUGACAAUGAGGAAAUUGAGGAGCACUGUUUGCCUCUACGCCGACAUCCAGUUGCCCGGCGACAAAGCAUGACGUUGGUUCUCAGUGCAUGCCACACGGCACCGCCACCGCUGAAGCCAGUCAGCCAGGCCAAAGGGCUCGGAAACAGUUCCGGCUUCAAUCCCAGGAUUCUCUACUUUGAUCAGAAUCACUACGACCGCAUUCUAAUGCCUCCUCCAAAAUCCACAGUGAGCUUGUUCAGGAAGAGCCGGCAGCUGCAGAUGCGGAGAGCCUUGGACGAGGCCAACUCUGCGGCGGGACAGAACUCGACGACCCACGUCACCAGAGUGAGUCAACCAGCUGACCCAAAGCCUCGCAGUCACUGCGGCAAGCGGUGCCGCUGGGCCCGUGAUGGGUACGAGUCUGACGAAGAUGAGGGCACCCCAAGAAUGAGGAAGAGGAGAAGGAGAUGUGGUUCUAUCUUCGGUGCUACAAACCGGCAACUCAUUAGACGACACAGGAGGUCCUCCAUGUCUCUUCUGGGAAGACUUCUCUCCAUAGAUUGGUGGAAGAACAUGCUGUUUAAUUUCUUCUCCACUGGAGGGGGAAGACAAGCGUCCGAUGGGAGCUGUUCCUACGAAAGACAUGAUUGAAACUGAAACUAAAUUGUAUAUUGGAGCUGAACUUAAGAUUAUGAAUUCCAAAAUGGUUUCUUGAUGAUCUAUCUUUCAGAAGCAAAAUAAAAAAGUGUGUACUGCA